CAAAGUCAACGACGGCAAGAUCGGCUGCUCCAAUCGGGUUUUUGAGCGCGCAAAAAUAUUAUAACAAGUAUACGUCGUGUGUGUUUUGCUUUUCUUACUCGUCUAGUGUCAAGCGACAGGUUGUUAUAAAUAUUGCCAAAAAAGGACCUCUGAGAAUUCAAAAUUUUAUUUCCUAUUUAUUGCAAUUUUUGUUGGUGCUUCAAAAAUGAGCACUAAGUUCAAUCUGUGCCGUUGGGCGUUGCUGGCCCUCGUCAUUUGCUCCAUGCUGGGUGGGGCCCGCGGCUUCUGUUCUCUGGAGAAAAUGAAGAAAUUCGCCAUGGAGGCGUGUGAGCACUUAUUUCAACAGGAUGAGGGCCGCGAAAAGCGAUCCAUUGAAUAUAAUCAUCAUCAAAUUAACCGGCUGGGCCACGGCAAACUGUUUAACAAGCAUCAUUAUAUACACCGAAGCAUAUACCCAGAGGGUGGAUAUCUAAAGGUAAACAAGGAUCAUUAUCGACGUCUCAGUGAGCUGGAUGUUGUGCCGCGCUACAAGCCGAAGAAACUGCAUCAUGAGAAGAAGGAGCGCUUCAAGCGCGAUCACUCGACCAGCAGCUACAAUAACAUACCCUAUUGCUGUUUCAAUCAUUGCGAGGAGAACUUCUUUUGCUGAAGAAUGGGACACAGUGAAGCUUGUAGCAUACGCUAGUCAGUAACUGCAGCCAUCCAUAGCUCAUAGUUAAUUGUACAGUGAAGACGCGCUUACUCUUAUAGAGUACCUUAUUAGUUGGUAGACAAAAACGAAUCAAAACAAGUAAAAAAGCUAAAGUCGGGUGUCCCGACUUUGAAAUACUCUGUACAUAUGUUUACAAUAAU